AUUGUCAAUUUUGAUUGACUUGCUUUAAUGCUUAUUUUUUAUAUAGCCAUCUCAUAGAAAGAAAUACAGUAGUAAUGUCGUCUUUUUUGUAGGGACUAACUCCACCAUGGUUGGUUGGACAAAGCCUUUGAGGAAAAUGAAUGGCGUUUUUGGAUAAACGCCUAAAAUAGAGUCUGUGAUAAACAGGCUUAAGAAAGUGUAUGCGUUUUGUUCUAUGAGAUCAUCUUCAUAAGCUAACAUCACUUUUUGUGAAUUUUGAAUAAUUUAUGCAAUAAUAAUUAAAAAAUACAUAUAUCACAUAAAGGCUUCAUAAUUCAUAAAGGUCAUGUUAACUGACUGCUAUUAUCGCAUAGAACAAAACGCAUACAAGCUCCUAAUCAUGUUGACUUCAGACCUUAUUUUCGGCGUUUUUUCCCAAAACCCUAUUCUUUCCCCAUUCACACAUUUCAGACCAAAUCUUGUAAAGGCAUCAUCAUCAUAGGCACUGACUGCAUUGCCAGGGUGUCCACACGGUCUUUCUUGCACAAGGCGGCGAUAUUUCUGGAUAAAGUUAAAUCCACCGAAGAAAAUACUGAAAGGGCGUCGUUUUUUUCGAACAACGGCUGUGUUGUUGUCUUGGUUCUGAAAUCACAACAGUAACUAGCUAACUGUUUCAGUUCAAUACUUGUGCUGCAAAAUAGACGUAGCUAACGUUACGCAUUUAUUCUAAGAAGCUCACACUGUACAGGAAAUGGAAAAGCUGGAUUUCUCAGAAGAUGAAAUACAACACCAAUUGGAGGCACUUGGUUACAACAACAUACCAAGACACAGACUACAUGAAUUCAAAAGAGAUCUAGAUGAACUGAUCCGACAUGAAAAAUCUAAGAGCCACUCAUCCAGUGAAUUGAACUCUACAAGAUCUCAAAGCACCAUCUUCAAAAGUCCUCCUGCAGUCACCAAGGUUAAAGUACAUCAGGAUAACACCGCAGCCUUCAGAAAUGUGAUUGCGCAGGCUGGUCCAUCACACCAUGAAAGACGGGUGCUAACCUCCACAUACAGCAGAGACAACAGUAACUAUGAUGCCAGACAGGAGUAUGACUCCUACACUCAGCACUCUGUUGCCCCCAAGUACCAGCGCCCCUCAACAGCCCCUAAUAGGCUGGAAGUGGAUCCAGACCUAACUGACCUCCAGCAGUUAUCGUUCGCUGUCAGUCAGUCGUCCACACCAGACCGAGACACAGGAGCGCAUGGGAGACCCUUUAUCAAGAGGAAAGUCCUUAGGAAACAUCAAGGUCAAGUUCACGUCUGCGAUGAAUCAACACAUAGUGAAGAUUCAGGUGCAGUGAGUGGGCUGGGGGAGCGUCUGGGAGGGAUUCAUGUGUCCAUGUCCACCCACCAGGAGCUGGAGAGUGAGGAUGCAGGCAGUCUGAGUGACAGGUCUGAAUCGGACUGUCUCCCAAGUGCCUUCAAAGCCUACAUCAGAGGCAUGGCCAGAUCUCAGAGCGAGAGUGAUAUCAGACCCCGGCCCAAGUCGUUUAUCCGCCCAGUGAUGGAUCACCCUCACACCAGAAGCCUGAAGAAGACAGACCCAGUGGCAAAGUAUUUCCAGUACAAGCAGGAUUGGGAAAUGUUCAAGGCACCAGGAGAGAAGGAUAGGAAAGCACUGCACUGGGAAAUCAGGGAACAGCUUGCGUACCAACCUCUACCACCGAAGCCUCGAAGAGUAUUUGUGCCCAACACCUACGUGGUGCCUACAGAGAAGAAACGCUCCGCCCUGAGAUGGGAAAUACGACAUGACUUGGCCAAUGGACUCCUACCGCCAAACAACUAUCGACUCUAGGCAUCAUGUACUUUACGUCUUAAAUAGGCUCUUUUAGUCACCAGUUUGCAUAUAUUUUAUCAUUGAAUUUCAUUUAUUCACACGUUUUUAUUGAACAUAUUAAAAGGCAUGACAAACA